CCAAAUGGAACUUCACCUUUCUGGAUAAGAUUCUCUGCCAAAUCAAGCAGCCAGCCAUUGCAUUUUGGUUGUCAGCUGAAUUCUUUUUGGUCUUCCGGAUAAGCUGUUAAUGCUUUCAUUUUUUGUUACAUUUUUUUGUUUGUACUACUUAAUUCUUCAUUGCUCUGUCUGUUCACUGAGAAAUGCUGGGAAUACAUGUUUUAGUCUGAAUUUUGGAUUAGUUGGGAACAGUGCAACUAAUUCUUCCAGCGAAUAGCAGUGGGACUUUUUCAAGCCCAAAAUUGUCUCUGGAGAAUGUGACUUUUCCACUUGAGAAAUGGGAACUUUUUAGUUCUUUAUUAUAAUGUCCUGAACUUGGUUUCUAACUGGUAAUUUGAUUUUAUGAUUGUGUAUGCUGUGACAAAUUUGGGGUCAGAAAAAAUGGCAAGAAUUCCCCACUUGUUGAUGGGGCUUUUGGUAUUAAGUUGCUUGGGGGCAAUAUCUGAUGCAAAAUACACCAAAUACAGAGACCCAAAACAGCCAUUAAAUGCUCGAAUAAAGGAUCUAUUGAAGCGGAUGACUUUGGAGGAAAAGAUCGGCCAAAUGGUGCAGAUUGACCGUACAGUUGCUUCAUCUGAGGUGUUGAAGAAGUAUUUUAUUGGUAGUGUAUUAAGUGGGGGAGGUAGUGUUCCAGCUAAACAGGCGUCACCGGAGACUUGGAUUGAUAUGGUGAAUGACUUUCAAAAGGGUUCUUUAUCAACCCGACUCGGAAUUCCGAUGAUUUAUGGAAUUGAUGCUGUUCACGGCCACAACAAUGUGUACAAAGCGACGGUCUUUCCUCACAAUAUCGGGCUCGGUGCUACCAGGGAUCCUAAACUUGUUAAGAAGAUUGGAGCUGUGACUGCACUUGAAGUUAGAGCUACAGGCAUUCCAUAUGUUUUUGCACCUUGCAUAGCGGUCUGUAGAGACCCAAGAUGGGGCCGCUGUUAUGAAAGUUACAGUGAAGAUCCUAAGAUUGUUCAAGCACUGACCGAGAUUAUAUCUGGAUUACAAGGGGAUAUACCUGCUAACUCUCACAAGGGUGUUCCUUUUAUUGCAGGAAACAAAAAGGUUGCCGCUUGUGCAAAGCACUAUGUGGGAGAUGGUGGAACAACUGAAGGCAUCAAUGAGAACAAUACUGUGAUAGACAGACAUGGAUUGCUCAGCAUUCACAUGCCAGCCUACUACAACUCCAUUAUUAAGGGUGUGGCAACCGUUAUGGUCUCAUACUCGAGCUGGAAUGGAAAGAAGAUGCAUGGAAACUAUGAUCUUAUCUCCAAUUUCCUCAAAAACACUCUUCGUUUUAGGGGUUUUGUCAUCUCAGAUUGGGAGGGUAUUGACGGGAUUACAUCUCCACCUCAUGCUAACUACACAUAUUCCAUAAUAGCAGGAAUCACUGCAGGCAUUGACAUGAUCAUGGUUCCAUACAAGUAUGAAGAAUUCAUCAACGGUCUGACCUUCCUGGUUAAAACUAAUGUUAUUCCCAUAAGCAGAAUAGAGGAUGCAGUGAAGAGAAUUUUGCGAGUUAAGUUUGUAAUGGGUCUGUUCGAGAAACCAUUGGCCGAUCACAGUCUGGUUGACAAGCUUGGCAGUCAGGAACAUAGGGAGUUGGCUAGGGAAGCUGUAAGGAAAUCACUAGUGCUGCUGAAAAACAGAGAAUCUGCAGCCAAGCCAUUGCUACCCCUUCCAAAGAAGGCAUCGAAAAUUCUUGUUGCUGGCAGUCAUGCAGACAAUCUAGGUUAUCAAUGUGGUGGGUGGACAAUUGAAUGGCAGGGAUUAAGUGGUAACAAUAUCACAAGAGGUACUACAAUCCUCUCCGCCAUAAAAGAUACAGUGGAUCCAAAAACUCAAGUGACCUAUAAGAAGAACCCGGAUGCUAAAUUUGUCAAGUCCAAUAAUUUCUCCUGCGCCAUUGUUGUAGUAGGAGAGCAUCCAUAUGCAGAGACAGAAGGUGAUAGCUUUAAUUUGACAAUUCCAGUGCCUGGUCCGAGCACCAUUAAAAAUGUCUGUGGAGCUGUGAAAUGUGUUGUUGUCAUAAUCUCUGGUCGUCCUGUUGUGAUUCAACCUUAUCUUCCAUCAAUAGAUGCUCUUGUUGCUGCAUGGCUUCCUGGAACUGAAGGACAAGGCGUUGCUGAUGUUUUGUUUGGUGAUUACGGGUUCACUGGAAAGCUGUCCCAGACUUGGUUCAAGACUGUUGACCAGCUCCCUAUGAAUGUUGGAGAUAAACAUUAUGAUCCUCUCUUCCCAUUCGGUUUUGGCCUCACUACCAAACCUAUCAAGACCAAUUAGUAUUUUUUUUUGUUUUCUUUUUUUCCAUUUUUUUUGGUUUGUUCCUGAAUAAGAUGGCCUUGGUAGGGCUAUAUCUGGAUCAGGCAAUAGAAAUAGGAAAGUCAACUGCUGGAUCUGUGUCUCCAAAGACAAGAUUAUUGUUAUGUUUGGUUAGAUAAUGGUAAGAAUAAAAAUUAUUUGUUGUUAUGUUUCAUUAAAUAUUAAUAUGAAUAAAAAAAAUUAAUCAUAUUUUUAAUUCAA